GAGAUUUUUCCGUUUGCUAUCGCCGUAUUUGACGAGGACCAAGACGGAGAGCUUGACUGCCUAACAGCCAUUCGAACAGAUUACGACGAGGAUGGCCAUGUUGCUAAUUACAUUUGGCUCUUGGCGGGUGUGAAUGGCCAUAACAAAGAAAACAUUACCCUUAAUAUGACUGAAGGCCCAAGCCCAGACAACCUAACGUUAAUCAUGGGUGACGAUCCUACAGAGAAGAUUGCCAACUUUGUGUACACGGACUACAAAACCUGCGCUGUUACACGAAUUCCGUACAAGAACAGCGAAUCAUGCAUCUUAUGGGUGAACAGGAAAGGCUUGAACGAUAUUCCCCAGCAGUGUGUAGACCAGUAUGAGGACAACUGUGACCUAGAACUGACGGCUUUCGAUAAAGGAACAUGUAGUGGUGUGCUGCCCAAUCAGUAACUCCUGAUCUAUAUCAACACAUCUUACACGUGGAAUGUGCAAGGGUGAAUUUUUCAUCAGAAGCAAGACGA